AUGACACUUACACCAUCUUCCAUGUCCACAACCUCCACGACUCGGUAUGAGAUUCACGAAUCUUCGUAUGAAGAGUCAUUUGGAUCAUCGCCGAGAGGUAUCAUGGAUUUCUUGGACGAUGAAAUGGAAAUCGACGACCAGCCCUUUAUUCUCCGUCGUCGUCCGAUUGGACCCUUCAAUCAGAUUUCAAGCACAUCAGAAGAGCAGCUGAGGUCCUCUUCGCCUCCUCCCACCCUACUAUUGAAACCAAGGCAUGAUUUCGCGAAUUCGCUUUGGAAUCAUCCCAAAAAUGCGAAUGGCAAUGCGAAUGCUAGUGCCAACGCUACAAGAGCUCAAGGAUCAAGACAACAGACAAGUACUUCCCGACCACUAGUAUCAGCCAACUCGGACUCUUACUACUCGGCCCAAGAACCCACACUGGAGAUUCAGGUUGAGGAGAUUCCCAGUGGUCUUUUCCUUCCACUAUCUUUUUGA